AUGGCAGAAACCACUUUUCGAGAGGAGUCACAAUGGCUGGCUCAGAUGGAAGCCAUGCGGCAGGCAAUUGUCGAUUUGAAAUUGCCACCAGCAAACGGUGAAAACAAAAUGUAUGGCGACGAUAUAGACCUUGACGACGAAUUGAGUGACGGUGUCGAUGACGAUAUCUGGGACGUGGAAAGCGAAGUCGAUGAAAGCCCUCCGAGCGACACGAAUGACGAAACCAUCAAUAGUCUUAAAGCUCAUGAAACAUCCGAACAGUUCUUCGACAGAUCCUGGUUGCACAGCAAAUGCACAGCCUUCGCUAGAUCGAGGCAUGGCAUGGAAGUCGACGACGUUGAGCAGCAGAUCAUUGCUCUGCUCGCUUCGGACAGCUCGGAUGAUGAGUUGCAGAUGUCCCUCGCUGAGAUUGUUGGAUUUGACGAUUUGGACUUUGUUAUCGAGCUCAUCUCCCACCGCAAGGAAAUCCUGGCUCCGCCCAAAUCCACGACUCGUCAAACCGAUGGACUUUUCUCACAACUACAGACUCGGCAAGAACGAGAAGCAGCUCUCAGACAGCAAGAUUACGAACACAAACAUGCUGUUCUUGCCCCGGCCUUUGAUCGAAGCACCCCCAAGUAUGCACACAUUUACAAGUCUGAUUCGGCCGCAGCUGGAAAUAUGCUGGACGUUUCUGGAAAGCGAUAUGGUCUCCCUGUCGGCAGCACAAGAAACGAUUAUGCAAAAUAUGAGGAAUAUAGCGUGCCCGCGACAAAGGUUGGCUCUCUAGGUAUAGGACAGAAGCUGGUCAACAUCGCUGAUAUGGAUGGCUUAUGCCAACGCACCUUCAAAGGUUAUAAAUCGCUCAAUCGUAUGCAGAGUCUACUGUACCCGGUCGCUUAUACGACAUCGGAGAACAUGCUGAUAUGUGCACCAACUGGUGCUGGUAAGACUGAUGCUGCUAUGCUGACCAUUCUACAAACAAUCUCGAAGAAUGUCCUACCAAACCCUAUUGAUGAACCGGAAGCCACAGACUUUGUACUCAUGGCAGAUGACUUCAAGAUUGUCUACGUCGCCCCAAUGAAGGCUCUUGCCGCCGAGGUUACGGAGAAGUUGGGCAAACGCCUAUCUUGGCUUGGAGUUCAGGUUCGUGAGUUGACUGGCGACAUGCAGUUGACGAAACGAGAGAUUGCUGCUACUCAGAUCAUCGUGACAACGCCCGAGAAAUGGGACGUCGUCACACGAAAAAGUACCGGAGAUACCGAACUAGUCCAAAAAGUUCGUCUUCUGAUUAUUGAUGAAGUUCACAUGCUUCAUGAUGACCGUGGUGCUGUCAUCGAAUCGUUGGUCGCCAGAACGCAACGGCAGGUUGAAAGUACGCAGUCACCUAUUCGGAUCGUCGGCCUGUCUGCCACUCUUCCGAAUUACGUUGACGUGGCAGACUUUCUCAAGGUCAACCGUAACAAUGGUCUUUUCUACUUUGACGCAUCAUUCCGACCUGUACCUCUUGAACAGCACUUCAUUGGGGUCAAGGGCAAGGUAGGAAGCAAGACUCAACGGGAGAACCUCGACCAAGUCACUUUUGAGAAGAUCAAAGAGCUUUUGAAGCAGGACAAGCAAGUCAUGGUAUUUGUCCAUUCAAGGAAAGAUACUGUGUUGGCUGCGCGGACACUCUACCAGAUGGCAAUCGACGACGUUUGUGAUUCCCUUUUCAUGCCAGAGCCAGAUCAUCCCGCCUACAUCAAGGCACUGUCUGAUCUCAAAAUGACCCGAGGUCGAGAGCUUCGAGACAUCGUUCCCAAGGGCUUCGGCUGUCACAAUGCUGGCAUGCCUCGUUCCGAUCGAAAUUUUGUGGAGAGAAUUUUCUCCGAAGGGGCCAUCAAAGUCCUCUGCUGUACGGCAACUCUAGCAUGGGGUGUCAACUUGCCGGCUGCAGCAGUCAUCAUAAAAGGAACCCAGCUUUAUAGUGCUGAAGCUGGUAAGUUUGUCGACUUGGGUAUCCUAGAUGUCCUGCAAAUCUUCGGUCGUGCCGGUCGACCGCAAUUCCAAGACAGUGGUGUUGGUUACAUCUGUACAACGCAGGAUAAGCUGCAGUUCUAUUUGUCGGCCGUGACCCAACAAAAGCCGAUCGAGUCAAGAUUUUCGCAUCGAUUGGUCGAUAAUCUCAACGCCGAGAUCAGCCUGGGAACAGUGACGACUGUCGCUGAGGCCGUGACCUGGCUGGGUUAUUCAUACCUAUUCGUUCGCAUGCGAAAGAACCCGGCAGCUUACGGGAUCGAUGUACAAGAAUACCUGGAUGAUCCUCAGCUGGGUCAGCGGAGGCGAAAACUGAUCGUUGAUGCCGCAAGAACCUUGCACAGAAGUCAGAUGAUCAUCUUCAACGAACGAACAGAUGAACUUCGGUCGAAAGAUGUCGGCCGCAUCGCCAGCCAAUACUAUGUCCUACAGACUAGCAUCGAAAUCUUCAACACUAUGAUGAGGCCACGCGCCAGCGACGCUGAUGUAUUGAAAAUUAUCAGUAUGUCUGGUGAAUUUGACAACAUCCAGUCUCGAGAAAACGAGGCUCAAGAAUUGCAUCGCCUCCGUCAAGAGGCUGUCGUAUGCCAGGUCGAGGAGCCGAAGAAAGGAGCACCGAAAAACUCAGAAGAUGAAAAAGAACAAAAGGUCAUCGAGAAUCAUGCAAAGACAAACAUUCUACUACAGUCACAUAUUUCUCGAGCCAAGCUGGAAGACUUCGCGCUCGUGUCAGAUUUGGCCUACGUGGCACAGAACUCUGCCAGAAUCUGUCGAGCACUAUUCAUGAUUGCUCUGAAUAGAGGCUGGGGCUAUCAAUGUCAGGUCUUGCUGUCAUUGUGCAAAGCCAUUGAGAAGCAGAUCUGGCCAUUCCAGCAUCCUUUCCACCAAUUUGAUCUCCCUCUUCCCGUACUCAAGAAUCUCGACGAAAAGGCUCCUUCAUCAAACAUUGAAAGUCUGAGAGAGAUGGAGCCGGCCGAAAUUGGUAACCUCGUCCACAACCAGAAAAUGGGAAAUACAUUAUCGAAGUUGCUCGACAACUUUCCAACGUUAUCAGUUGAGGCAGAAAUAGCCCCCCUCAACCGUGACGUGCUCAGGAUGCAACUGUUUCUCUACCCCGAGUUCAAUUGGAACGAUCGUCACCACGGUACUUCUGAAUCAUACUGGGUGUGGGUGGAGAACUCGGACACUUCGGAAAUCUAUCACCAUGAGUAUUUCAUUCUAAGCAGGAAGAAAAUGCACGAUAGUCACGAACUCAAUUUCACUAUCCCUCUAUCAGACCCAUUGCCAUCACAGAUAUAUGUUCGGGUCAUCUCUGAUAGAUGGCUUGGUGCCGAAACCGUUCAGCCAGUGUCCUUUCAACAUCUCAUCCGCCCAGACACGGAAAGUGUGUAUACUGAUCUACUUGACUUGCAACCACUCCCCAUUACGGCAUUGAAGAACCCGUUGCUGGAAGAGCUGUAUGGCCAACGAUUUCAAUUCUUCAAUCCUAUGCAAACGCAAAUCUUCCAUACGCUGUAUCAUACUUCGAACAACGUCCUCUUAGGUUCCCCAACGGGCUCAGGCAAGACCGUCGCCGCUGAGCUGGCCAUGUGGUGGGCAUUCCGUGAACAUCCCGGUAGCAAGGUGGUUUACAUUGCGCCCAUGAAAGCCCUCGUCCGGGAAAGAGUUCAAGACUGGCGCAAACGCCUCACUGGCCCUAUGGGUCUGAAAUUGGUCGAGCUGACUGGUGACAAUACCCCAGACACAAGGACUAUUCGCGACGCAGAUAUUAUCAUUACCACGCCGGAAAAAUGGGACGGUAUAUCUCGUUCCUGGCAAACAAGAUCCUACGUACGACAAGUGUCUCUCGUCAUCAUCGACGAAAUACAUCUUCUCGGUAGUGAUCGAGGGCCGAUUCUCGAAAUAAUCGUUUCGCGAAUGAACUACAUCGCAAGCCAAGCAGAAGCGGGUUCCAUCCGUCUAGUCGGAAUGUCCACUGCGUGCGCGAAUGCAACUGACCUGGGCAAUUGGCUGGGAGUAAAGCCAGGCAACAACCAAGGUCUCUUCAACUUCCGGCACAGUGUCCGACCCGUACCUCUCGAGAUCUACAUUGACGGGUUCCCCGAACAACGCGGCUUCUGUCCAUUGAUGCAGAGCAUGAACCGGCCGACGUACCUUGCCAUCAAGAACCACUCUCCCGAUAAGCCUGUGAUUGUUUUCGUCGCGUCCCGUCGCCAAACCCGAUUGACUGCAAAAGAUCUCAUCAACUUCUGCGGCAUGGAAGAAAACCCGCGUCGGUUUUUGAAAUUUGAUUCGGAGGAAGAUCUAGAGGCCACACUCUCCGCCGUCAAAGACGCAGCGCUAAAAGAAGCGCUUAGCUUCGGCAUCGGUUUGCACCACGCCGGUCUUGUCGAGAGUGACCGUACCUUAUCUGAGCAGCUCUUCGCGGCAAAUAAGAUCCAAAUCCUUGUCGCGACAUCCACGCUAGCAUGGGGUAUCAAUCUUCCCGCCCACCUAGUCGUCGUCAAGGGAACGCAAUUCUUCGAUGCCAAGAUCGAAGGGUACAAAGACAUGGAUCUCACAGACGUCUUGCAGAUGCUUGGGCGUGCGGGUCGUCCACAGUUCGACACGUCCGGCAUUGCGAGGAUCUUCACCCAAGAUGCCAAAAAGGCAUUCUACAAGCACUUCCUACACACAGGAUUCCCCGUCGAAUCAUCACUACACAAAGUCCUCGACAACCAUCUAGGUGCCGAAGUCAACGCGGGUGUAAUCACCACAAAACAAGACGCUCUCGACUACCUCACUUGGACGUUCUUCUUCCGCCGUCUGCACAAGAAUCCGACGUACUACGGUUUGGAGAUCAGUGCGGAAGAGCACCGCGAGUCUCAGCUCAUCGCGCGCCAACUGGCAAGCGAGUACAUGAUCACCCUCGUCGACAAAAGCCUCGACGACCUCGCCGAGAGCGACUGCGUCCUCGUCCAUAGCAAUGGCGAUGUAGAUGCCACGCCCUUUGGCAAGAUCAUGAGUUACUAUUAUCUUGCUCACCUCACCGUGCGGAAGUUUCUGAACAGUGCGCGCAAGACGAGUACACGUGCAGCGACUUUCGCCGACGCGUUGAGCUGGGUCAGCGCCGCGACAGAAUUCGACGACCUCCCGGUCCGCCAUAACGAGGACCUAAUCAAUGCGGAGCUGGCGCAGAACCUCCCACUCGGCGUCGAGGGCGGCGUCCUCGAUGGUCUACCAAUGUGGGAUCCGCAUGUCAAGUCCUUCUUGCUCAUCCAGGCCUUCAUGAGCAGGAUCGACUUACCCAUCAGUGAUUACGUGGGCGAUCAGACGUCGGUGCUUGACCAGGGUAUCCGAAUCAUCCAAGCUGCCAUCGAUGUCAUGACAGAGUUGAACCGCUUCGACGCUGUUGUUCAAAUGGUCAAGUUGUUACAGUGCAUCAAGAGCGCACGAUGGCCCGAGGACUUCCCGCUGAGUAUCCUGCCCGGUGUGCGCGAAACAGCCGAUCCGCACCUCAAAGGCAAGAUUCCGUCGGAUCUCGUUACGACGGCUACGUUGGCGACGCGCCAUGGCAACAAGACAAUUGACGGAUUGAUGAACCUUCUCAACAUACGUGGACAAGGGAUGCGGUCGCAAUUCGUCAAGGCGGUCAACAUGCUGCCUGACAUCUCUGUGGGCGCGGGCGGCGACACGGACGCGUUACAGGUGACCCUGAAGAGAGGGAAUAGAUUACAAAACUCCGAGGCGAGGAUCUAUGCGCCCAAAUUCCCCAAGCCGCAGACAGAAGGAUACUUUGUGCUCGUGUUACCUGUCGGUGCCAAGCGGGCGGCCUCGGCUGGGGAUGUGAAGGGGAUAGACAUCCUCGCCCUCAAGAGGGCCAGUUGGGCCGUGACGGCCAAGGACAAGUCAGGGCACAGCCGUGCCUUGGACAUCAGCAACACGAAAGUCAAGGUGCCUGUGUUGGACGGCACGAGCGAUGGACAGGUCAAGGUCGACAUUUUGGUCAUGAGUGAUGCCUACCCGGGUAUGGAAUGGUGGUUGGAGAAUGUCGUUGUGCCGGUGGCGACGCCCAAGGAUGUUGGCACGGCCGUUCAGACCGUCCAGGUAAAUGUGGACGAGGGAUUGACUAAGAAGAAGUAG